UGAGAUGCCGAGAAACGUCUGCCUGGGAGUAGUCAAUUCGGGCAGCUAUGACUCCUUCUACCUGAACGACACUGCCAAGUGCUUCACAGAGUGUACACUGAAGGAUGACUCCUGCAAUCUGAAAAACUUGCAGAGAUACUGGCUAGACUAUGAGACCCACCUGGUGGAGAACAGUUUGACAGAAAUUGUGAAUAUGUCUUUUGUGAAGACUUUGGUCCAGAACUUCAGCACUGACACCUCAGAUGACCUGUACUUCUCACUGACCCCCUCUCAGAUCCCAAGGCAGGUGAGGGAGAAUGAGAACAAGCCUCCUGACAGAGUCCGGCUUCCCAGGAGUUUCUUCGAAUCCCUGCGGGGCAAGAGGUCUUCAGUCCGGUUGGCCAUAACUGUCCUGGACAUUGGUCUGGGGAAUCUCUUCAAGGGCUCCCGGAUCAGCCUGGAGGAUGGCAGCAGCGUGUUGAACAAUCACCUGGUGGGCUUGAGUGUGGGCAGAAUGCCUGUCACCGGGCUGGCUGAGCCUUUGGAGAUAACCUUCUCCCACCAGCGUUACCCCCCUAAUAUGACCCUCAGCUGUGUAUUCUGGGAUGCGACUAAAGGAGACUGGGCAUCCAAAGGCUGCUCCACGGAGCACAGAGCUAGGAGGACUGUGUGCCACUGUGACCACCUGACCUUCUUCACCCUGCUGCUGAGGCCAAUCCUGGACAAGGCCACCGUGCAGGUGAUCACGUACAUUUCCCAGGCGGGCUGCGGAGCCUCCAUGUUCUUCCUGGCCUUCACUAUUGUCCUCUACACUGUCCUGAGGUUCUUCCGGCAGAAGCUCAAGUCAGAAGACACCCCCAAGAUCCACAUGGCCCUGAGCGUCAGCCUGUUCCUCCUGAAUCUAGUCUUCCUCAUCUCUCUGGGGAAUGGCUCGCAGGGCUCUGAUGCUGCCUGCUGGGCUCGGGGAGCCAUCUUCCACUACUUCCUGCUCUGUACCUUCACCUGGAUGGGCCUGGAAGCCUUCCACACCUACCUACUUGCCAUCAAGGUCUUCAACACCUACUUCGGGCACUACUUCCUGAAGUUGAGCCUGGUUGGCUGGGGCCUCCCUGCCCUGAUGGUCAUUGGCACCGGGAGUACGAACAGCUAUGGCCGCUAUACCAUCCAGGACGAGGAAAACCGUACCACACUGGAGCUGUGCUGGUUCCGUGAGAAGACUGCCCUGUAUGUCACUGUCCAUGGCUACUUUCUCAUCAUUUUCCUCUUCAGUGCCACGAUCCUGGCCCUGGUGGCCUGGAAGAUCUUCACUCUGUCGAGUAUCGCAGCGGGCAAGGAACAGGGGACGAACUGGAAGGGGGUUCUCACUGUGCUGGGCCUCUCAAGCCUGAUGGGCUGGACGUGGGGGCUGGCUAUCCUCACACCCCUGGGCUUGCCUACCGUCUAUAUCUUCGCAUUGCUCAACUCCCUGCAAGGUGUCUUCAUCUUCACCUGGGUCACUGUCCUCUACUUCCCUCGUCAGAGUGCCUCUUCUUCUGGAGCUGCCCCAGCCGACCAGACCCACUCGGUGUCUCCUGGUUAA